AUGGCGCUCCUCCGCCAAACCUGGACCCUCACCCGCAAAAACUGGCUCAUCCUCCUCGGCCGCCACCCGUUGGCUACCGUCGUCCAAGCGUUUGUUCUCCCCAUCAUUUUGGUGUCCUUCCUCUCGUUCGCACGGAAUUUGUUCGUCCCCAGCGCAGUCUUUGGCAUCUCCCCUGCGCGCCCGAUCCGAUCUUUCCAGAAUGCUCUCGAGGCCUCGACGGGGAGGCCGAAUGUUAUUUUUGUUAAUAACGGCUACACGGGGGGAGAAAUCGAGCGUGUGAUUGAUGAGCUGGCUGGGGUUGCUGAACGAGCGGGGAAGAAUGUUACCAUUUUGGAGAGGGACGAAGAUGUCGACGGGAUAUGCCGGAGCAGUUUGAGGGGCGUGACGGAGUGUUUCGCGGCUGUGAGCUUCAAGGGGAGUCCGGAGGAGGGGGAUGGGAACGGGCUGUGGAAUUACACCAUCAGUCUUGACAGUGCGCUGGGGCAAUUUAGGAUCAAUGCUGAGAGUGAUAGGAAUGAUGGGCAGAUUUACAUGCUGCCGCUUCAGCGGGCGGUGGAUGAGGUUAUUUCUAGGGGGAACUCUGGUCGGGGGAAUGAGCUGCCUGAGGAUGUGGAGGAGUAUCAGUUUACCAGCCAGACGACGGAGGAGAGGGCGGAGAGGAUUAGGGUGUUUUACCAGAGCGCGAUUAUCAACUUUUUGGGGGUGACGUUUAUUGCUGCGUUGAUCGGGGUGGUGUAUCAGAUGACGGGUUUUAUUGCGACGGAGAGGGAGACGGGGAUGAGUACGCUUGUGGAGGCGAUGAUGGCUACCCCCAGAAGGUGGCAGGCGCAGGCGGCGAGGAUCUUCUCGUACCAUAUUGCGUUUUCGCUGCUGUAUUUGCCGGGGUGGGUCAUCAGUUGUAUCAUUUUAGGGAGGGGGGUGUUUAGCAACACGAGCAUUUUGGUUGUGUUGUUCUUCUUCAUCCUGUCGGGGUUGGCACUGGCGUCGUUUUCGGUGCUGGGGGCGAGUUUCUUCAAGAAGUCGCAGUUGAGCGGAGUGUCGGUGACGAUUAUGGCGAUUUUGCUGGCAGUUAUUGCUCAGGUUAUCACCAGGCCGGGGACGGGGCCGGUGGUUGCCUUGAGCUUGCUGUUUGCGCCUUGCAACUUUACUUACUUCAUCACGCUGAUGGCGAGGUUUCAGGAGAAGCAGAUUUCGACGGAUUUGUUGAAGACGGCGCCCGAUAGUCCCUGGAAUGUUCCCGGCAUUGUGCUGUUUAUCUUUCUCGCGGUUCAGAUCAUCGUUUACCCUUUUCUGGGCGCCAUGGUGGAAAGAUGGCUUCAUGGUACCUCUUCGAGUGGGAGGAACAUCGUCAUUGGAGACAAGAACAGGGGCGAUCUCGGUCCCGACUGCGCGGUUCAGCUGGAAGAGUUCACCAAGGUCUACAACCCCGGCCCUCUGCGACGCCUGUUCUCAUUCAUCUCCAAGCCCAAGCCGCCAGUCGUCGCAGUCAACAAGCUCUCCCUCUCGGUCAGUCGCGGCCAGAUCGUCGCCCUUCUCGGCGCCAACGGCAGUGGCAAGUCUACGACCCUCGACACCAUCGCUGGUAUCAACAAGGCCACCAGCGGAAAGAUCACCAUUGACGGCACCGGCGGUCUCGGUAUCGCUCCUCAGAAGAACGUGCUCUGGGAUGAGCUCACUGUCGAGGAACACAUCCGCAUCUUCAACCGGCUCAAGUCGCCCAAGAACCACGCCUCCAAGGAAGAAAUUCGCCAGCUUGUCAUCGGAGUCGAUCUCGAACAAAAGAUCAAGGCCCAGUCAAAAACUCUGUCCGGUGGUCAGAAACGCAAGUUGCAACUCGGAAUGAUGCUUACUGGUGGCAGCGCCGUCUGCUGCGUGGAUGAAGUCUCUUCCGGUUUGGACCCUCUGUCUCGCAGGAAAAUAUGGGAUAUUCUCCUUGCCGAGCGUGGAAGGCGCACCAUGAUUCUGACGACGCACUUCUUGGAUGAAGCUGAUUUGCUGGCUGAUUACAUUGCUGUCAUGUCCAAGGGCAACCUCCGCGCAAGUGGCACAUCGGUUGAGCUCAAGGAUCGCAAGGGUGGCGGCUACAGGAUUCAUAUCAACAACAACAAGCUCAUCCCGCUGCUUCCGGAGGUGGAGGGUGUUACCAAGAAGGCCACCCAGGAAGAGGCGGCUUAUGUCGCGGCUACUUCGGCUUUGGCGGCCAAGACGAUCAAGGAGCUCGAAGCGGCAGGGAUUACGGAUUAUCGGUUUUCUGGGCCCACGAUUGAGGAUGUGUUUUUGCAGCUUGCGGAGGAGGUUCAGGCUGAGGGCGGUGGGGUGCCGAUUGAGAAUAGGGGUGUCUUGAGCUCGACGGAGGAUGAGAAGUCGGAGACUGUGCCGGUUGGUGAUGUCAAGACACCUGUGAAGGGUAACGGGCUGGAGUUGAUGGAUGGGAAGCCGAUUGGGUUCUUGAAGCAGACUUGGGUGUUGUUUUUGAAGAGGUGCACGGUUUUCAAAGGGAAUUGGUUCCCUUCGAUUGCUGCUUUUAUCAUUCCGGUUGCUGCGGCUGGGUUGGUUAUGUUGUUUGUGAAGGGUCAAGAGCCUGCUGGGUGCAGCGCGGACGAGCUGUCGUCUCGCCAGGAGGCUGUGAAUAUCUUUGGCAGUGACUUUGACUUUUGGAUGGUUGCUGGGCCUUCGGACAAGUUCUCGCAGUCUACGUUGAUCAAUCUGUUGGCCCCAAUCUUUAUGGCGUCACAGGGCUUGGAAGGUAAUGGCAGCACUGGAAGCAGCGAUGGUAUCAUUGUCAAGAGACAAAACAACCCGAUGGAUCUUUUCAACAACAUUACCUUGGUUGACACUCUUGAUGAGUUCAACAAUGCGGUGCUUCAGUUCCGCAAGAAUAUCACCCCUACCGCUAUCUGGCUUGGUGACGACAACACUCCUCCAACUCUCGCGUACAAGGGUAACGGUCCUGAGGUGAUCAACGCCUGGUUUGGCCAAUGGGUCAUGAACAUGCUGCUGACCAACUCGAGCAUUGCCUCUUCCUACACCGUCUUCGACCGCCCUUUCACUCCCAGCACCGGAAACUCUCUUCAGGUCUUGGUGUAUGUCGGCUUGGCUUUGUGCGCCUACCCUGGCUUCUUUGCCCUUUAUCCGAAUCUUGAGAGACGAAGAAACGUCCGCGGCCUUCAGUACUCCAACGGUGUUAGACCUCUUCCCUUGUGGCUCGCCUACACCGGUUUCGACUUUAUCAUCGUCAUCGCUGGCGCCGUCCUGAGCAUCAUCUUGUGGGCAGCUCUCGCCAAUAGCCUUUGGUAUCACCUUGGCUAUGUGUUCCUGAUCUUCGUUCUGUAUGGUCUGGCUUCGACUCUGUUGGCAUACAAUAUCUCGCUCUUCAGCGCCAACCAGCUGUCAGCCUACGCCUUUACCGCCGCUGGCCAGCUCGUGAUGUUCAUUGUCUACCUGUUUGGUUACAUGUCGGUUAUCACUUAUGCACCGGUUCAACAGGUCGACAAGCUGUUGAUCAUUGUCCACUUUGCUCUGGCAGUGUUGGCACCGAUCAUAUCGCUCACUCGUGCGCUGUUCCUCGCCAUGAACCUGUUCUCUACAGCCUGCGAUGGUGAUGCCCUGGCCUCUUACCCCGGCGGUAUCCUUCAAUACGGCGGUCCUAUCCUCUACCUCGUCAUCCAGAUUAUUGUCCUCUUCCUCAUCCUCGUCUGGGCAGACGCCGCCAUGUCGGAUGAAGAAGUCGCCAACGAACUCGUCCGUGUCAAGUCCUCGGCCACCGGUGGUAACACCAAGAUCACCGACGGCCUCCGCGUCAUCAACCUCACCAAGUCCUUCGGCUCCAACACUGCGGUCGACAAUGUCACCUUCGGUGUCCCCCACGGCGAAGUCUUUGCUCUCCUUGGCCCCAACGGAGCAGGUAAAUCCACCACCAUCUCCGUCAUCCGCGGUGACAUCAAACCCUCCGGCGGUGCUUCCGGCGGCGACGUCUUUGUCGAAGACGCCUCGGUAACGCAGCAACUCUCCGUCGCCCGCCGCCACCUCGGCGUCUGCCCUCAAUUCGACGCCAUCGACCAAAUGACGGUAGCCGAGCACCUCCGCUUCUACGCUCGCGUCCGUGGCAUCAGCGACAUCGACGCUCAAGUCUCUGCCGUCAUCGACGCAGUAGGCCUGCAACUCUUCCGCGACCGCCAAGCCCACGCUUUGUCAGGUGGUAACAAGCGCAAGCUGUCUCUUGGUAUUGCUCUCAUGGGUAACCCCUCUGUCAUCCUCCUCGAUGAGCCCUCCUCCGGUCUUGACGCCGCCGCGAAGAGAAUCAUGUGGCGCACCCUUGCUGCCACCGUCCCGGGCCGUUCGAUUUUGUUGACGACCCACUCGAUGGAGGAAGCGGACGCUCUAGCCGGGAGGGCGGGGAUCCUCGCCAAGAGGAUGCUCGCCAUGGGAAGCAUUGAACAUCUCCGGAACAAGUUUGGGGAUCUCAUCCAUGUGCACCUUGUCUGCAAGGGGGCGCCUCACACGCCUGAGUCUCAGAUUCUGAAGAUUAGACAAUGGGUCGCCGAGCAGUUUGGCGAGGGGGCGGAGGUGGAAGAGAAGACGUACCACGGACAGAUGAGGUUCAAGGUUCCCGCCUCGGCGGUUGUGUCCGGGGAGAAGGACCCCAGGACCGGAGGGGAUCUGAGUCAGAACUCGGCCGUGGGGAGGCUGGUGGUGUUGCUGGAGGAGAAUAGGGAUCUGUUGGGGGUGGAGCACUACAGUGUCAGCCCCACGACGCUGGAUCAGGUUUUCUUGACGGUGGUGGGGAGGCAUAAUGUUAGGGAGGAGGGGUAUGAGAAUAAGAAGGUGAAGAAGUGGUGGCAGGGGGGGGAGUGGAGGUGGCCGAAGAUAUGGUGUUCUUAG